UGUAUGAAUAUACAUGAGCCCCUGAUGGCUAUGGCACCUAGGACGGUCUAGAUAGCUGAAGCGGAUUCAGUUGGGUUGUUUUGUCGGGGGCUCCUUCAACCCAACAAAUCCCAGAGAAAGGACUACAACUUUUACCUUUCCUGCCCACGGGGAGAUCAUGGCUCAGGCCCCCAGCGUUAGAGGGCCACUUUUGGUUCUGCUUCUGCAGCUUGUCCUUAUCUGCUCCGCUCAAAGGAGCCAAGGACCUCCUGGCCCUCCUGGACCUGCAGGUGUCCCAGGAAUUGAUGGCAUUGCUGGGGAAAGGGGAGCAGAUGGCGAGGAUGGACUUCCUGGACCUGAUGGAGACGCAGGUAAACCCGGCUCUUCAGGAUUACCUGGAAUUCCUGGAAAUGAUGGUUUGACCGGCCCUAUUGGAGAUCCAGGGCCUGACGGCCCCCCCGGACAGAAAGGUGAACCUGGAACAUCUGGGCCUCGUGGAGCAGCUGGUGUUGGGCCAGAUGGACCCCCCGGACCACCCGGGCCUGGAGGAUUUCUGGGUGAAGUGGGAAAAGUUGGACCACUUGGGUCCAUGGGUGUGAGAGGGCCACAGGGACCUGCUGGACCUACGGGGCCCAGAGGUGCAUCUGGAAUGCAAGGAAGUGCUGACCUGUGUCCGAACUCUUGUCCACCUGGGACCUCUGGACAUCCUGGCCUUCCUGGCAUGAAGGGCCACAAAGGUGUAAAAGGUGAAGCAGGAGAACCUGGGAAACAAGGGCACAAGGGUGAGGAGGGGGACCAGGGAAGUCCAGGGGAGGUCGGAUCCCAAGGACCAGUGGGUCCUCAGGGAAUUCGUGGAGCCAUGGGAAUGAUGGGCCGCAAGGGAGACAUGGGAGAUCGAGGUCUUGAUGGAGUUCCAGGUCCCCAGGGUGUUUCAGGGGCAACUGGGGAUCAAGGCCAGAGAGGCGUGAUGGGCGAGCUUGGACCCAAAGGUGAAACGGGUAUUCAAGGGCUGAGAGGAAUCACAGGUCUUCCAGGUCCCAAGGGAGAGGCUGGCUUGCCGGGUGUGGACGGUCGCGAGGGUAUUCCUGGGAUGCCUGGAGCAAAGGGAGGCAUUGGGAAGGCAGGCGUUCCUGGAGAGGUUGGACUUCAGGGGCUUCCUGGUUUGCCUGGUGUACCUGGACCAAAAGGCUUGAGUGGCCCUAAGGGAGACGCUGGUCAAUCAGGCCUGCCUGGAACAAUGGGACCCGCUGGCAAAGCAGGUGAACGCGGAGAACAGGGAGAGUUGGGACCUGUUGGACCUAUUGGUGAACCUGGAGCUAUAGGAGAGCAAGGCCCUGUAGGUUCAGCCGGCAAGCCAGGUGCCAGAGGACCCAAAGGUGACCCCGGCCUUCCUGGUCUCCCUGGUCCUCCUGGCCUUCCCGGGGUGAAGGGAGAGAGGGGAGAACGUGGAGAAGGAGGACCAAAAGGAGAGCAGGGAUCACAAGGUGAUGAGGGAGACGCUGGAGACAAAGGGGAUAUUGGUGAGUCAGGAGAAUCAGGACCUAAAGGAGAGGUUGGUAACCCCGGCGAGCCUGGCCAAAGAGGUCCUGAGGGAAGUCGAGGCCAGCCUGGAAUCGAGGGGCCAUCUGGCACACCUGGCCCACGGGGCAUGCAGGGAAACAGGGGUCCACCUGGAGUCAGAGGGUCCCAGGGCCCUGCGGGUAAAGAGCCAAGUGAUCAGCACAUCAAACAAGUUUGCAUGCGAGUAAUGCAAGAACAGCUGGCUCAGCUAGCUGCUAGUUUAAGGAGGCCAGAGUCUGGAGUAGCUGGUUUACCUGGAAAACCUGGACCUCCAGGGCAACCUGGGCCUCCAGGAGACAAUGGCUUCCCUGGGCAGAGUGGAGCAAGAGGCCUUCCAGGACUCAAAGGGCCAUCUGGAAUUAUUGGAGUGAAAGGACCCAAAGGUGAAAUGGGAGACCGAGGCUCCAGAGGGCCCACUGUGCGCGGACCUAAAGGUCAGCCAGGACCUCCUGGACUUCCUGGUGAGCCAGGCAAACCCGGCUACGGUCAGGAUGGUCGGGAUGGGCAGAGGGGACCUCCUGGUGUUCCUGGACAGCCCGGUGUACCUGGGCCUCCUGGUGCAGCUGGUCCCAAUGGCUACUGCGACCCAUCAGCCUGCAAUCUCCAGGCCGGGGCCGCCCACCAGUCUUUGGAUGUGAAGGGACCUGCAGGGAACUAAGAGCCACUCUGGCACAGACAGAAAGACUGUUGGAUUGGCUCCCCUGAGCACACAACAUUUUUCACACUUUCUUCCCAGGGGCUGGUGAUGGUGUGGUGCCUUCCAUCCAUUCACCUCUAGUCCUGUGAGCAUGUUUUGUGCCAGCCACAUCUCAAUCAGAAGGAGCCAGCCUCUUCAUGGAAAAAAGAAAAAAAGAAAAACACAUUUGUUUUUUACGUGCUGCAAAAAUCUAGCUCGUUCUGGUGUUUUUCUACCUGAGAGAUGUUUUGAUAUUUUCAGGAAGGUGUGCUCACAUUUCUGAGACGAUAUGAAAAUGAACAGAAGUGUAUGUUUAUCCCACUCUCCUUGUACCUCUGCCUGCAUUUUCUUUUCUUGUUCACCAGUAUUUUCUUAAAUAAACUCCACUUUCUCACAGAACAUUUCAAAUAUCCACCCAAAUCAGGAUCAGGAUUGUGUUUGGUGUAAGUGCCUUUUUUCAAUAAUGUUGUUCUGUAUGGGCUAAUGUACCAAAGAUACACCUCCUGAAAGCCCUCUUUUUUAAUAUAAAGUCCUACAUGUCUGUCUGUAUUUUCAGCCCCGCUGUUCAAAAUAAAAAGGAGAGAGGAUGAAAAUGUCAUCAAGUCACACUGACUUCACUUUGUUGAAAAUGUUGUAAAUCUGUAAAAAAAAAAAAGUUUGACUUGUGGUUAAUUAUAUUUCCUA